CUAGACUUCACGAACGGAUGCUGGAAUUAUUAGGCAACCUUCACAUAAUAAGACUAAGGCAACCAGUAGCAAUUCAGAUUCGUACUCGCACAGACUCUUUUUGUUAGAGUCGGGUUUAAAUCCACGGAGAUUAAGCGGCCGCAUCCACCACUGGCUGAAUGAAUGCCACGGGAGUCAUGCGCUUCCCUUACUUUGCAUCCCAAUACUGAACCCACUUAACCUGUGACUGGAUCUCUAAUGCCCGCUAUGUUGGUACCUGCAGAGGCUCGGGUUCUUGACGAUGACUGGACGGAGACUACGAACCCAGUCGAGCGCCGCAGGAGGCAGAACCGGCUACAUCAAAGAGCCUGGCGCCGGCGGCAGAGGCUGCAAAAGAAUUCAGAGGCAGAGGACCCAAACCCCAUUUCUCCAGCAUCAUCACUGGUUGACCGGAAUAUGCUUCAAAUAUUAGCUCUGAGCCAUGUAAGUGGGCGACAACGUAUGCAGGUCACGUUGAAGCAACUCCAGAACUGGAAUGCGUUCGGGGCAAUUAUAGAGACAUUGGGCGAUUCGGCAGGAACUUUUGCUAUUUGGGCCGAAUUAAAAGUAUGGCGGCGAUGGGAGCUAAUUUCCGACUUUUCUCCUUCUGACCUCUGUCAUACCCUAAAACGAGAUACUUCGUCCUCCCCUGAAUACCCUAAACAACUGGAAGCGGUUUCAUCUUCUGCGCAACAAGUUGACACUCUGUUAUUUCUGAACACAAAAUACACGCUCCAUGGCUCAGAAUACGAAGUCGACUUUCCGCUUUCUCUUGACCACACACUUUUUGUUCUAAUCCAGCACAAUGCCCUUCGUGGAGUAUUAACAAAUAUGGCCAUACUACUACGUUUGAACGGCCAAGACUUCCAAGGCUGGGCAGACUUUUAUACAGAAGACCUUGCGCUUCCAACCCAAGAAUCGCCGCCCUCGUUACAAUUCACACAUUUACAAAAAACGGUCUCACACGAAUCUUGGAUAGAUGUAAUUCCUUCUGCAAGUUUACGUGAUAAUAUUAUCAAAUAUCAAGAUAAAUUUGAUCCAGAUGCCCUUUGCUCCGAUUUCCUCGGUGGGUAUACAGAGGGAGAAAACGACAUUGCUGGCCGCGGUAUGAUGCUUUGGGGCGACCCGUGGUGCUCGGAUUCAUGGGAGAUGAGUGAGAAUCUUGUGAGAAAGUGGUCGUUUCUGUUGCAAGGCUGCAGUGAUAUGAUUGCGUCUACUAAUAAGUGGCGAGCCGCCAGGGGAGAGAAAAAACUUGCUUUAAACUCGUGAUGAUGUGAUUCCUUAUUUUAGGGUUACAAUAGUGGAAUAGAGGGAAGGGUACCCAGAUACCACUCUAAUAGUACCCUAAUACAUUGUUACUACCGUUUAAAGGUUACAGCAAUGUGAUAACGACGUUUUUGAAUAGCUGUGAUGUUGUCAAUUAAAACACGCAAUAUUUAAAUUUAUAUUACAAAAGCG